AGAAGAAGAGAAAGGAAAGGGGGAGGAAGAAGAGAGAGAACCCACCACCCUUUGGCCCUGGAGAGACCAAAGAUGGUCGAAGAGAGAAAACUCUGAGAUCAUCAUCAUCAUUCUGCAAAAACGAGGGCAAGUUCAAGAACAAACAAUACAAUAUAAUUCAAUAUCUAUUAAAUUAAAUUCUACCUUUUUUAAGUUUUUUUAAGAAAUCAUUUUCGCUUUGUGGGGGUAUUUACUAGUUGUUGAUUUCUCAAACCCUAGCAUUUCUUGGUUAAGAAGUUUCUUCUUUAAGGUAUUAAAAAGAUUGAAGAGAAGAAGAGAAUUUCACGAGUUUUUAAUUUUUAUUGAAAUAAACACUUCUUUGAUGAUUAGGGUUUCGUGCAAACAAUGAGAGACCCUCAUUAUUCAAUCAUCAACCUCGUCGUUCUCCUCUUCCCGAGGAUUCUGUAAAGUUUGGAAUAUUUUUAUUAUUCCUUUAUUUGUUCAUUAGGAAAAAAAAGUCUGGCUAUUUUGUAUAAGCUAAAAUGGGUUGUCGAUGGAAUCCUAUUGGAUUUCAAUUCUCUUGCUUCAUGUUCUUGAUCAUUACCCUUCAGUCUCGUUCCUCGUUAUCCCUCAACUCCGAAGGAUUUGUGCUGUUGAAAUUCCUGGAAAGAGUGGACUCUGAUCCUCACGGAACUCUUGCGAAUUGGAAUGUUUCUGAUGAUCAUAUGUGUUCUUGGUUUGGUGUAACGUGUGUCGACAAUAAAGUCCAGAUGGUGAAUCUUAGUGGAUGCUCUUUGGGAGGAACUUUAGCUCCUGAGUUUAGUCAAUUAAGUGAAUUAACAUCUCUAGUACUAUCCAAGAACAAUCUCUUUGGUGACAUUCCAAAUGAAUUUGGGACUUUUCCAAAACUGAAGUUGUUGGAUUUACGAGAUAAUAAGCUAAGCGGAGUAGUUCCACCUGAGCUAAACAAAAUGUUGACACCAGAGAACUUGCUGCUUUCUGGUAACAAAUUUGCGGGAUUUAUGAAGAUAAAGUUCCUGAGACUUCAAUCGCUAUAUCAAGUCCAGUUAAACAAGCAUAAAGAGCUGUCUUCUGCUUCCAAUGCUGUCUUCGACUGCGUCAAUAGAAAACUUGGAUACUGUGUUUCAAGGAGAAGAUUGUUAAGACUAAACAAAGCACAAGCUUUCGUAUUGCGGAUUAAAGCAACUUCAAGAAUGCUUCAAAGGGAACCUCAAGGGGAGAACUAUGACAUGAAUUAUCCCCCAAGUUCUUUACAGAAUGAAAGUAGUGUCCUCAGGAGGCGUGAGUUACUAGAGGGAACAAGUAAUUUAGCAGCUAUGCCUGCACCAGAUGCUCCUAGUCCUUCUCCUGACACUAUAACCAUAGUGUUUCCUCGAAGCAGCGGGUCUUUUCCCGCGUUAACCACUGCAAAGAAGAGGAUACCUCCAUUGAUCCCUCCUUCUCUUCCUCCAACAGCUGAGUACAACAACAAUACAAGCUCUGACCCUCCAAGGCAAUUUGAAGAAGAAACAAAAGGGUCUACUGCUGUUUGGUUGUAUGUUGUUAUCGGCGUUGCUGCUUUUGUAGCGGUGUUGAUAGUGAUAGGGGUUAUAUUCUUCUGCCGGAAAAGAGCUGUCAAGAGUAUAGGUCCAUGGAAAACUGGUUUAAGUGGACAGUUGCAGAAAGCUUUUGUUACUGGUGUACCGAAGUUAAACCGGUCUGAACUAGAAACAGCUUGUGAAGAUUUCAGUAAUAUUAUUGAAGCAUUUGAUGGGUACACUGUCUAUAAAGGAACAUUGUCAAGUGGUGUUGAGAUUGCUGUUGCUUCAACCGCUGUUUUGGAAACUAGAGAAUGGACGAGAGCUAUGGAAAUGACUUACCGCAGAAAGAUUGAUACAAUGUCAAGAGUCAACCAUAAGAACUUUAUCAAUCUAAUUGGAUACUGUGAAGAAGCUGAACCAUUUAAUAGGAUGAUGGUUUUUGAAUAUGCUCCAAAUGGAACUCUUUUCGAACAUUUGCACGAUAAGGAAAUGGAGCAUCUUGAUUGGAGCGCGAGGAUGAGGAUAAUAAUGGGAACUGCUUAUUGUCUGCAAUAUAUGCACGAGCUUAAUCCACCAAUCGCGCAUUCUAAACUAGUCUCAUCAAGAAUCUACUUAACCGAUGAUUACGCAGCCAAGGUCGGAGAGGUUGCUUUCAGUUCACAGACAGGGCUAAAAUCGAGAAAACCGAUGAGUGGUGAUUUAGAUCAAUCUUCAUUGCCAUUACCAGCUGAACCAGAGACUAAUGUCUAUAGCUUUGGAGUAUUAAUGCUCGAGAUUAUCUCCGGAAGGCUCUCCGAAUCAGAUGAAGAAGGAUCAAUUCUGAAAUGGGCAUCAAAGUAUCUGGAGAGUGAUCAUUUGAAAGAUAUGAUUGAUCCUACAUUAACAACGUUUAAAGAAGAGGACCUUGAAGUGAUCUGUGAUGUGGCAAGGCAUUGUCUGAGAAAUGACCAAAGUCAACGACCAACGAUGAAAGAUGUUGUUGAACAACUGAAACAAGUAAUCAACAUUUCCCCAGAACAAGCUACACCGAGACUCUCUCCUCUUUGGUGGGCAGAACUUGAGAUCUUAUCCUCUGAAGCUACUUAACCUCUCUCUCUCUCUCUCUCUCUCUCUCUCUCUCUCUCUCUGUUACGACUCGUGUCAGAGGUUCACGCUCCUUCUCACUCUCACUCUUCCCGGUGGACGUCGUCGUGUAAAAGUUGUUCUUUUAUUUAAUUCAUCAUAUUAAAUUUGUUUCUUGGUUGGUUUUGAUAGUGUAUUUGGAUCCAGAUAAUGUAACGAUGUGUUUGUAAAAUUAUAUACUAUCAUACAUAUACCUAUAUAUUUGUACGUAUUUUGUGGUGAAAAGUUGUUUGAAACUAUUAACCUCAGCUUUUUAAAACCAUUAUGUGAUAUUUUGUCGUUUUUAUGCAGAGUCUGUUC